UGUCACUAAGAGAACAAACAAGGACGAGUUCGGAGCAUCAGCGGACGGGAGCAGCUUUACAGCAGCUGGACAGCAGCUGAAGUAUAACUGUUCACAGAGCACUUCCUCUGGUGCACUGAAGACAUUUUGAGCUGAAAAUUGUGUUGAUACAAUCAGGGAUCAGCAGAAAUGAUGGUCUCUCCCUAACCUUGUGACAAACAACACUGGCUUCUGGAUGGCUGUCAGACUAUAGAAUGUGUAAUGGUCUUGUACACAAAUUGCGAUGUCCGCCAUCAUGGUAGAUACAGAUGGCGAGCUCUGUCCGAUGACACCUCUGGAGGGGGGUGACCUGGGCAGCCCGUUGUCUGGAGAGUUCCUCCAGGACAUUGGAGAUAUACAGGACAUCUCUCAGACGAUUGGUGAUGAUGGAUCAACCUCAUUCAGUGCCACUGACUACCACUAUUUGGGAAACAGCCCUGGGUCAAAUGGGUCAGUCAGCACCGAUCUGACAGAUACCCUUUCACCAGCAUCAAGUCCGUCUUCCAUCACCGUUCCCGGUAGUAUCGAUGAGCAGAACUGUAAAGCCCUGAACCUUGAGUGUAAGGUGUGCGGAGAUAAAGCAUCAGGUUUCCACUACGGAGUCCAUGCUUGUGAGGGUUGCAAGGGUUUUUUUAGAAGGACGUUGCGUCUUAAAUUGGUGUACGAUAAAUGUGAGCGCAUGUGCAAAAUACAGAAAAAAAAUCGAAACAAGUGCCAAUACUGUCGGUUCGAAAAGUGCCUUGGUGUGGGGAUGUCACAUAACGCAAUACGCUUUGGACGGAUGCCGCGGUCAGAGAAAGCAAAACUUAAAGCUGAAAUUUUAACGUGUGAACAGGACCUUAAGGAUUCGCAGAUGUCUGACCUCUUGUCUCUCGCUAAGCUCAUUUAUGAAGCUUACCAAAAAAACUUUAAUAUGAACAAAGUAAAGGCCAGAGGUAUCCUCACCGGGAAGACCAGUAACCCACCUUUUGUUAUACAUGAUAUGGAAACAUUAUGUAUGGCGGAGAAAACACUAGUGGCGAAGUUGGUCGCCAACGGUAUACAGAACAAGGAGGCUGAAGUCCGGAUCUUUCACUGUUGCCAAUGCACGUCGGUGGAGACUGUCACAGAACUCACUGAAUUUGCCAAAUCCAUCCCAGAAUUCACCGAACUUGACCUGAAUGAUCAGGUGACUUUGUUAAAAUAUGGAGUUUAUGAAGCCAUGUUUGCCAUGUUAGCUUCAGUCAUGAACAAAGACGGGAUGCUGGUGGCUUACGGGAACGGUUUCAUAACGCGGGAGUUCUUGAAAAGCUUGAGGAAGCCAAUUGGAGAUAUGAUGGAGCCUAAAUUUGAGUUUGCCAUGAAGUUUAACGCCCUGGAACUGGAUGACAGUGACAUAUCCCUAUUUGUAGCUGCUCUUAUUUGCUGUGGAGAUCGUCCAGGCUUACUGAAUGUCGCCAGUAUAGAGAAAAUGCAGGAGAACAUAGUGCACGUAUUAAAGCUCCAUCUCCAGUCAAACCACCCUGAUGACAUCUUCCUGUUUCCAAAGCUCCUUCAGAAAAUGGCCGACCUGCGGCAGCUUGUGACUGAGCACGCCUUGCUAGUCCAGACCAUUAAAAAGACGGAGACUGACGCAGCUCUGCACCCUUUAUUGCAAGAGAUCUACAGGGACAUGUACUGAGGAGUUUAUUUUUACCACAUUCUAGAUGGGAGCAAGGUUAAAGUUUGUGUCGGUUUCCCUCACGAGUUUUGUUCAAAAGCGAAUGUGCCUUCUGCUUAAUCACUGCCGAAGUUGAGCUUUGGAUUAAGGUUACCAUUGGUGGAAAGCAGCAUCGUUUGAAGAGAACACAGUAAUGAUUUAUUCUCAGGUUACCCCACUAGUCGCGUUGAGGAUUCAUUCACAUCACCGAGCACUGACAAUGCCAAAUGGUUUGCGCUUCAGGCUGUACCAAGACGAACACUCUAAUUCCUACCACAAUGGUGUGAUCUUCAGGCCUGUGGUGUCACUUCUGAAUUUGUUACUGGUAUAAAUACAACUGAAUGUACUAUAGAGAAAUGGUAUUGUGACGCGGAUGGGCUUUGGGGACCCAAACUUAGGUUAUUUGUCACUAAAUAAGAAAACAACAGAUCAGUAGGUGCAGAAACUUCCAGCACUAAUCUGUGAUUUUGGUUUUAAGCUACACUUGUGAAUGGUUUGUGAAAAGUAACUAUGGUUUGUUCCUAUGUACAACUGUAUAGUCCCUGAUUUCACUCCAAGGGACUGCAACAUACGCUGAAGCCAGAGCGCUGUCAUCAUUGUACGAGGCUUAUUUCUCAAGAGUUUCUCCCAAAAAGCUGCUGUUGCCCUUUUCUGCCUUAUCAAUGCAGAUUUAUGGGGCAGACACAAAACUGUCUUCCACUCUCGUUUUGUUGCGCAAUCCGCUCUGAUUUGUGGACCCUAAGCCGAUGCCUGAUUAUCUUUUAUUAUCAUAAAAAAUCCUAAAACUGAGUUUUCAAAGCAAGGCCCAUAUAAGUGCUAUAUUAGAUGCAUUAGUAGCAUAAAGGGAUAAAGCAAUACACCAUUUUCCAGUUCACUUCUGUUAUCAGUUUUUCUUAGUUCUUUUGGUAUUCUUUGUGAAAGAGUAAUCCUAGGUGAGCUGAGGAGCGUGCAUGUGUUUUUAGCUAUUUGGCAUAGCGCUUGCAAGUGUUUACUCUUCAACAAAAGAUAUCAUGAGUACAAAGCAAAUUUGAUAAUAAAAGUAAGUUGAAAGUUGUUUAACCCUUAACAAGGUGUAAAAUAACACGGCUGUCACCAACAGAGAUAAGGCCGCACUAUUGGCGAAUGUCUCCUGCAGUAAGGCAUGAAGUGAUAGCACACAGCUACGCUUUCUGCAAGAUCCCCGCUAUUGCAGGGCUGAAAACCCACUAAGAACACACAACAUACAGGGUACGUCUGCGAUGUUAAAGGGUUAAAACCGCAUGCUCUAUCUGAAUCACGAAUGUUUAAUUUUGACUUUGCUGUCCAUUCAGAUCUGAAGCCCUGUUAUUAAAGGUACUUUGUACUGAGAAAUGUAUUUCAUCUAUAUGAAAGUGCAGCAUCUAAAUAUGCCGAAUAUAUUUGUAUAUGUAGAAAAUGUUAAGUAAAAGCUAUUUAAUUUAAACAAAUAUAGCUGUGUCAGUUGCGUACUUCCUACUAAGGCACUUCCUGCCAAUUGGUUAAAAGGUGCAUCCUGUUAAGGCCUAUUGGCUGAUAGGAACUUUCUGAUUGGCUGAUAGGCACUGCAUGCUAAAAGGGCACUAGUAGGAUGCACCUAUAAUUCAAGUGAGCAUUAAUAGGAAGUGCACAACUGAUAGCCGUAGGUUCCAUUUCAAAUUAAACAACUUUUACAUAAUAUUUAUUCAUGCAAUAAAAAUGUCAACAUGCUAAAAUGCUGCUCUUUGAUAUGAAUGAUAGAACAUUUUUCUAUGUUUCUUUAUUUAAUUUUAAGUAUCUACUGGUACGAUUAGUAAAACAGAGGAAGGUAAAUAUUUAUAAUAUAAUAAUUGGUUACAGCAUUAGGGGAUUUACAAACUUCCUAAAUUUAAUAUUAAAACAAUUAAAAAAAUGCAUGCUGCAUACCUAGGUAUUCAUUGCUCAUUGGCUGAAAAUGAACUAUUCCCAUGGUUGAAUUGGGCCACUCCUCCAGAAAUAUAAGAAAGAUAGAUUAAAAACACAAAAUCUAUAAUAUAUUAAAGGGACACUGAACCCAAUUUUUUUUUCUUUCAUGAUUCAGAUAGAGCAUGCAAUUUUAAGCAACUUUCUAAUUUACUUCUAUUAUCAAUUUUUCUUCGUUCUUUUGCUAUCUUUAUUUGAAAAAGAAGGCAUCUAAGCUAAGGAGCCAUCAAAUUUUUGGUUCAGAACCAUGCACUUGUUUAUUGGUGCUGUCCAAUCAGCAAGGACAACCCAGGUUGUUCACCAAAAAUGGCCCCGCAUCUAAACUUACAUUCUUGCUUUUCAAAUAAACAUACCAAGAGAAUAAAGAAAAUUUGAUAAUGGGAGUAAAUUAGAAAGCUGCUUAAAAUUGCAUUCUCUAUCUGAAUCACGAAAGAAUAAAUUUGGGUUCAGUGUCCCUUUAAGAAAUAACCUCUUUUAGAUGAUAACAGAGAACAUUGUAAUGUUACUUUAUUUAAAUCAAAGCUGUAAACGAAUGUAUAGAUCUCUGGUACUGUCAUGUUCCUGUAAAAUAUUCACAAGCUUAUAUUUUUAAUAGACAUGUAAAUAUAGCAUUUCUGCUACAUUCAGCUCUCAAUAGUAAUUCGUCACUAGUUUGACAGCUUUAUCUUUGCUAUGAUUUUACAGUGGCCAUAGAGUUUGAAACCUAUAGUAAAAAAAAUAAUAAUUGUGCUCUCAUAGCAUAUAGCAAACAUUGUGGCUAAGUAUACACAUCUGUUUGCACGCUCUAAGUAGAACACCCACAUAAUCUGUUGGUAAAAUAUGCUGCUUUUUUCAUUAAAGUGAUGGUAAUGACAAAACUAAACUUUCUUAAUUUAGACAGGGCACGCAAAUUUAAAACAAAAACGAAUUAAGUGUUAUCAAAUUCAUUCUCUUAGCAUCCUUUGUUGAAGAGUAAACCAAGAACCCAUAGAACGCGGAACCUAUCUAGGUUCACUCUUCAACAAAGGGUGACAUGAGUAUAAAGCAAAUUUGAUAAUAGAAAUAAAUUGGAAAGUGUCUUAAUAUUGCAUGCUUUAUCUAAAUCACUAAAAUGUCAUUUUGGCUUUACUGUCCUUUUUAAAAGUUUAACAGAGGAACUACUGGUUUAAACCAUUAACAUGAUGAUUUUAGGAGCCGAUAUUGUUUUUAGGCUAUUAAAUAUGACUAACAAACUCCCAUCAAUGGAGAUUUUAUUCCUAAAUCAUAUUUAAAUGACCUAUUCAUUUUUGGUGCAUGAAAAGCACUGCUUAUGGUUUAGUAAUGACAUUUUUGUCUCAGGGAUAAAUAUAUAUAUAUAGAUUGUAUUUUUAUUUUUAAGUCAGAGUCAUACAAGCACCUUUGUAUCAUAUUUCAAUUAUAGGUAAAAUGUGAGUGGUCUAUUUUGUGUAAUCGGUAUUUUUUGUAGGAUAAUAUAGUUUGUCGUCCCAUAGAGAAGUUUAUCCUACAUGUCAGGAAAGGACUGUAUAGAGAAGGGCUUCGUGGUAACGUAGACAUCAAACAUUCUCUCUUUCUCCAUUUAUUGUGUAAGUGUUAUUGUUUUAUUGCAAUGGAUCAAGAAGCCACUAUCCUACAUCAGAUGUGUGGUUAACCAUACUAGGGGGUAUAUAAGUGAGUUAGUGUCUCAGGUUUGUUGACUGAGCCAUUUAUACUCAAAUAUGGAUAGCUGGAAACCCUAGUGUGUUGGACUUGAGUUCCAGACACUUGUAUAGUUUCCACUAUUAAAACAUUGAGUUUUUUGAAAGGGGCUUGUCACUAAAAAUUAUUUUACUGGUGGUACAGUGAAUACUUACCUGGUUUUCAUUGGCUGAGAAUUGUAUUGCUAUUUAUGUAGCUGAUUAUUUUAAGACCACUGAUAAUAAAAUAUACAAAAGUUGUUAGUGACAAUCAAUAAGUUCUAUUGAUUGAUAUCCCCAAUAGAUGUAACAUAUAUGUCUGUUAAUGCAGAGUUAUUUAGUAGUGUUCUUUGUUGUAAUCCUGAUUUAGAUGUCACCAAGUCCAGCCACCCUAUACAAUAGCAUUCCCCAAAUAUCUCCAGGUCUUCUGUUUAUCUUGUGACCGUUCUUGUACAAACAGACCAGGAACUGGAUUCUCCUAUGGAAUUGUACUAAUGUAAAGCGAAUGCACUAAAUAUCUAGUUUUCUUCUCAUGCAGAAUUAAUGUAAGAAAUAGACUUGUGACUGCUGCUAUGAAUACAAUGUAAAAAAUAUACUUAUUUAGUUUCUUUUUAGUAUUUAAAGGGACAGGAUUUUUUUUCUACAAUGCAUUGAAGAAAACAAUAACAUAUUCUUAUCUGCAGCUUUUACAAAAUAUUUUCUAAACUAGGUUUCUACGCCCUUUCGGGUGCUGAAUAAGCUGCCUUGUCACCAGUACCCUCAAACAAAAUUUUUUGUUUUAGUUUGAAACAAGCAGGGUCUUACAGCCAAUCAAAUCUGUACUGAUGGUCCGACAGAUUAUAGCAAGAGAGCACUACUGCUGCUCCGCUCUAUAGCUGAUAUAACUGAUUUGUAAACACGGGGCACUCUGGCUUUAAAAGUUUGUUCUAGUUAAAGGGACAUGAUACCCAAAUGUUGAAGCACAUGAAACUGAUGCAGUAUAGCUGUAAAAAGCUGACUAGAAAAUAUCACUUGAACAUCUCUUUGUAAAAAAGGAAGAUAUUUUACCCCAAAAUUUCCUAAUUAUUCACGCCCCACUGUAAAGAGACUUUAAGCAGCCAAUCAGAAUGCUAGUCCCAGGACUUACAAGGGAAGGUUAUUUUCCUAUUCGGUUUAAGUUAGUUUACUAUGAAAUCCCAUGAGAUUUCAGUAAAUUCUCAUUAGAUCACAGCAAAGCAAUGCAUGACCGCAGCACUGCUGAUUGGCUAUUUUUUUCCCAACUUGCAGCUACACAGCAACUGAAGUAUAACUGUUCACAGGGCACUUACUUUGGUGAGCUGGGGACAUUUUUAGGUAAAAUAUCGUUUUAUAUAGAGAUUCUCAGGUGAUAUUUUCCUGUCAGUCUUUUACAGUCAUACUACAUCACUUUCAAGUGAUUUAGCAAAUGAGUAUUAUGUCCCUUUCAGUGUAUGAGGCUGGGGCAGAACAACAUGUGAUUGGCUUCACUUUGGAAAAGCAGCAGUUAAGAAUGUGUAAUUAAGUUGGCUGUUCCUUUAAUAUAUAUGUAGAGAACUAACUACAUAGAACUUUUUGUAUUGGGGGCUGUAUAGACUGUUAACCCAACAUGUGCUGGUUAUGUUAGAGAGGGUGUAGGUUAAUAUAUGGGGGCAAGAGAAAUUACAGUUAUGUUUUACAGUCUGUUGGGAUGGAUCCAAUAAAUAAACCUACAGACAGCACUCACCUCUUGUAGAUGAGAAACCUAAAAGUAACAAACUUAAAAAAAAAAAAAUCAUAUUUUAACAAAAUAUAUAUUCUAUAUUUACUAUUGGGUAAGUGAAUAACAAGCCAUAUGUUCUAUUUGUCUGGGCAUUUCUUUAUAUUUAUUGUGUCUGUGUUUCUGUAGAUGUUUUCAACAGUGUGUUAACCCUUUGGCUGCUAGGAGACACCCUUUUGCAAUCAAAAGUUUUUUUCAAAUUGGUUUCACAGUUUUUCUUUUGUCAGUUUUUUUUUAAAUUAAAUUAUAAAUCCCCCUACAUGCAGUUCCGCUGUGUAGCAUUUACUGUAUUAGAAGCAUUUUCUUCCCCAGAGUUUCUUACAGAUGAUAAUUUUAAACAUUAUUUUUAGGACUACAAAGUAUCACAAACAAUUUAUGUCAAAGUCCUUGUGUCAUCUUUAUUUGUUUUUUCCUAUAAAAUAUUGAAAUGCAUUUGUUAAAUUUCCCUAUAGAAGCAAGUUUUAAAAUUGAGUAGAGAAUUCUGUAGAUUAUUGUAAAGGGAAAUACCAGCACAGUAGUAAGAUGUAAAGCAGGUUCUACGGUUCCAGCUUACAGGCCAGACGUUAUCAUAGUAGAUAUAACAUCUGGUCAGUAAUUGUGGUUAUCUGUCACCCAAGGUAAUCCGGCGAUCCAACUGGUUAGUGAUUCCUGAGCACUGGCCCACAAGAACCUGCAAUAGAACAGAACUGUGUGCAUGUAACUAUGCACUAACGCCAGCAAAGCAGUUAAACAAAUUGUCUGUGCACUCUUAGGUCACAGUUGGAGAGCCAAUCAGGAGCGGAAUACAUGCGUAGCUGCCAGUCGCCAUCCAUCUCUUGCUCAGGACCAGCAAAGCAGUGUUUCCCCUGUAGGACAUUAAAGGAAUAGCCUAGUGCAAAAAUCACAGGCUUAAAUUCCUUAGGGCAUUUUUUAUUUUCUCACUACUGACCCUCAAACUUUAUCUGCGUUUAACCAAAUGCUUGAGCCAAUCAGCAUUUGCAGCCAAACUACCCCACCAAUCAUCGACAUCAACCAUGUUGGUCUUGAGCAGGACACUUCUAGUGAGCCAAUCAGCAUUUGCAGCCAAACUACCCCACCAAUUAUCAACCAUGCUGGUCUUGAGCAGGACACUUCUAGUGAGCCAAUCAGCAUUUGCAGCCGAACUACCCCACCAAUCAUCAACCAUGUUCCUGCUCGAGGCUACAAUGUUUGUGGCUCUCGAAUUGGACUUAACGUAUGUAUUUAACCUGUUUGCUGGAGUUAAACAUAUAGGCUUCCUUUUAUCAAUGCACAAGAACUUCCUUGUGCAUUAGUUAAUGCCAGCAAUGGACAGCAGUGUCUGCUGCCUUCUCACUGCUGUCAACACGGAUGUAUAGUUUCUAUUGCUGGGAACCUUGCCCACACAUGAAAUGAUAAAUGUAGCCUAUAGAAUGUCCCUUUAACUAUGUGUUUAACCCCUUUACUGAGAAUGAGCAUUUUUACAAUAUUAAAAUAUUGACACGUUUAUCAUUUCCUUAUAGCGGUUCACUAAAUUGACUGUAAAGGUGACAAAAAUCCAUAAAAUCACCCGUAUUAUACAGAGCAUGUAAAUCCAUCAAACUGAUCAUUUAUACAGUUUUUGUCAUUUUUAUUGAUUCUUAAAAGUUUAGAUUCCAAAAUCCUAAAUGUCUAAAUCACGCAAGUAAGAUAUUAUUUGUAAUAUAGAGCAAUCUCACAGUUCUGCUAUUAGCACAGUUUUUUUUUCUUUUAACUAUUUUUUUAGAUUUUGUUCCUAAACAAGUUAUUUUGUGUAGGUUCCUGGAUUAUUUCUUUAACAAUUGGCAUCCUGACAUUUUAUAAUUAUGUUCUCACCCACUAGUUUUUAAUAAACGGAAUAAAUUCUAUAUUUUUCUUUGUAAACUUAUUUGUAUUACUAACAAAAGGUAUUUACAAGGUAGAGCAAAUUUAUACAAUUUUAUCUAGUAUACCCGUUUUUAAAAUCUUUUGUUACAAAGAAACGUUAUGUGAAUGAACAAAGGACAUUUUUUCUAUCAUGUAUAUGAAAGUACAGAAAACUAAUCAUGUUUAAAAUACUAUUUACAGGAAAAAAUUAAAGGGAUAUGGAACAAUAUUCAUUUAGUAAAACAAAUAUGUUAAAUCUAAAUAGACAUAAAAAGAAACAGAUUGUGUUAAAAAAAAAGCAUCAAACAACUUACUUGUUUCUUGAGAGCAGACAUUACGGAACUUACAUUCUACUGUCAGAUGAUUUUAUGUCGCAAUAGCCCUCUACUGAGCAUGGGCAAUACACUGACUGCAGCUAUUAUAGAUGUUGUGGUGCUGUGAUAGGAACUAAUGGUCCUUUUAUAAAUAAAGUUAAAGGGACAUAAAACCCAAAACGUUUCUUUCAUGAUUCAGAUAGAACAUACAAUUUUAAACAACUUUCCAAAUUACUUCUAUUAUCAAAUUUAGUUUUGCAACAAUGUUAUACAUUAGCAAGAGCACUAGGUGGCAGCACUAUUUCCUGUCAUGUAGUGCUUCAGACAUGUGCACGCUACCUAUCUAGGCAUCUCUUCAACAAAGGAUAACAAUAGAACAAAGCAAAUUUGAUAAUUGAAAUAAAUGUAUUCUCUAUCUGAAUCAUGAGAGAAAAAAAAAUUGGGUUUCAUGUUCCUUUAAAAAAAAUAGAAAGAAAAUCCCUUUAAAAUUAUAAAUAUCAAGUAUAAACUCACUGCUUAGUGCUUUUUUAUUACAACAAUGAAACAGACUGUUUUAUAUCCCUUUAAGUAAGAUCUGUUUAAGGUGAAACUACUAGGAGUGUGUGAUAGAGUACAACUUGGUUCCUGAUUGGCUGAUGGUGACAACUCACACUGAAAAGGCUGGUUUUAUUCAGCACAGGAUCAUCCAUUAAAAAAACAAACCUUUUAUACAGUUUAAAACAUUCUCUUUUAGAUGAAACAGAGAAAAUGUUUUAAGUGUCAUGUCCCUUUAAUAGAGCACAACUUAGCG